CAUGCACGUACACCCGGUCCAGAUGCUAUUUACCUUGGUACUCGCUGCACACAUCCCACAAUAUUAUUAAUUAUUACAGUAUCACUACGCCGAAGCAAUUCAGUGCCCGCCCACCUCCAUCUGAAAUACCUGCAUACCUCCCUGCCGACGUGCCCCCAAACGCCCCGACGUCCCCUGUCUCUCCAAGUCUCCAGCCUCGGUGCCCCGUCGUGCUCCUCCCGGUGCCGCCCCCGUUUUCACGUUCGCCAUGCCGUCGGCAGCUCCCCGUGCCCCAAAGGUCUUCGGCGGCAAUGAGCUUGCCAGGCCGCGAGUCAGCAACCUGGCCUACUCGGGCUCGCUCGAGAGAUUCAAGCACAGCGACCUGACGCCCGUCAUUGGGCGCGAGUUUGAGGGUCUGCAGGUCGCGGAGCUCCUGAGCGCCCCCGACGACACUAUCGCCGACUUGGCCGUCACUAUAUCUGAGCGGGGGGUCGUGUUUCUGCGUGACCAGGAUGUUACACCAACCCAGAUGAAGGACCUGAUGCUGCGCCUGACACAGGUUGCCGGUUCGCCGUCGUCGUCGGGCCUGCACGUGCACCCCCUGACGGAAGAGGGCAGCGAGCUGGGGGACCAGAUCAGCGUCAUCAGCUCGGAGAAGCAGAAGAAGGGCGGGGGGCUGACGCACCAGCUGUCCGACGUCAGCCGCUUCGCCAGCAGCGGGUGGCAUAGCGACAUCAGCUUCGAGCCGGUGCCGUCCGACUACGCCAUGCUCAAGAUCCACACGCUGCCGGCGACCGGCGGCGACACCAUCUGGGCCAGCGGCUACGAGGUCUACGACCGCCUGUCGCCGCCGCUGCGCGCCAUGCUCGCCGGCCUGACCGCCACCCACGACGCCACCUUCUUCCUCGACGAGGCCGCCCGGCUCGGCAACCCCAUCCGCCAGGGCGAGCGCGGGUCGCCGCUGAAUCAGGGCAAGGCGCUGACGGCGGUGCAUCCCGUGAUCCGGACGAACCCUGCGACGGGGUGGAACUCGGUGUACGUCAACAAGGGCUUCACCAAGCGCAUCAACGGGGUGACCAAGGACGAGUCGGACGUGCUGCUGGCGUACCUGUUCAACCUGGUGACGCAGAACCACGACGCGCAGGUGCGGUUCCGCUGGCGGCAGAACGACCUGGCCAUCUGGGACAACCGCAGCACGUGGCACUGCGCGACGUAUGACUAUGCCGAGGCCCGCGCCGGCGACCGCGUGUGCUCGCUCGGCGAGGCGCCCUACCUCGACCCGGCGGCCACGGGCCGGAGGGAGGCGCUGGGCAUGUGACGGCGCUGUGCUGGCUAAUUGUUAAUUAGCGAUACGAAUUAACGAUGGUUACCGGGCAACGAUUUGGAAGGCUGUGUGUGCAUCAAAACAAAAUAGUGUUCUCUGACACGGUCGUCAUUUACGACGGGAAGUAAUUACGUCUUGGUGUUGUUGUUAAUAAAAAGAAUUAAUUAGGACUUCAGCUUGACAAGAUAUCUUAAAGACAGAUUGGCCGUGCACGACACGGGGGUGUUUACUUGCACCCGCAUAACCCUCUAUGCAACAAUCACCACGCCUAUGAAACCCGCCUCGCGUAGCCACCGCCAUGCGGCGCGUCUUUUCAUGGCCCGUCGCACCGUUCGCGAGCUGAACAGCUAGCGGCCGACGAGGCCCAAUCAAAUCCCA